AUGCAGACCCUCCAUCUAUUCGUUCAGACGCUUUUGAGCCCAAAGAACCAUCCAUUGAUUUCAAGGCAAGAGACCCCCGCAGAAGAUGUUCAAAUCACAAAUACAGUCUCGUGGUUAGAGUCUGAUGCCUUCGAACACCGAAACCUUCAUGCUUCAACCAAUUAUGACCUUCUCUCAUACGAUGAUGAAAUUGCUCAAACCUUCACUGCUUCAUUCUUAUCUGCUCCGGCUGUUUCUCCGGGAGCAAGUGUCGAUGCGCAAGCUUUGUCUUUACUCCCGUCUAGGAAGUAUGCAAGGGUUCUCGUGAAAUAUUUCGUUGAAAAUGUUGUAUGGAUUUAUCACAUCAUUCACAUACCAACCCUUGAAUCUCAUCUAGACAAAUUAUACAAUGAUCUUGAGCAGAACCAACAACCUCAAUACGGCCAACUCGCCCUUCUUUCCGCGGUCUUCGCGUUGAGUGUCUACUUCCAAGGAGCUGAACCGCUGUCGAUAACUCGUCGUUGGACAAUAUUGGCUCAAAAGGCCAUGAUAAUGUCCUUCAUGGGUGGUCCGCAAAGCGGUACAUACAUGAUUCAUCCGCAACAUAUGAGAUGUGAUUAUCCAAGUAAUGUUAACGAUGUCGACAUUCAUCCUUCAGGAGAUUAUAACCAGCCUCUGAAUGUGGAAACCAAUAUGACUUAUUACCAUUUUCGAUUGCAACUCUCGAUCAUCUGUCGGGAAAUUAUUGACGCUAUGCAAAACCUUGGCUGUGAGAUGCAUGAGUUGCCUUACGAAACAGUGUUGAGUUUUGACAAAAAGUUAUUUUCAAUCAAAUCCAAUUUUCCUCCCUCGUUUCGCUUGGAUGCCAACAGCCGAGCACAACACAAAGACCUCGACACGAAAUACCCCUCCUUGGCAGUACAAAGAACGGCGUGGCAUUUCGGACUUCAGACUAGAUUAACAAGACUUCAUCGACCAUAUCUUGCACGAGGUGCCCAUGACCCACGGUACUCUUACAGCCGGAUGGUUUGUCUUCGAUCGGCUCGUUCAGUCAUUGAAUUGGGAAGAGAACUUACAGACCGGGGCGAAAAGCAAAAUUUCCGACCAGUCAGAAUGUGGACAGUAACCCAUCAUAUCUUUGUAGCUACUGUCAUACUGGUAAUGGACUUCUGUCUGAAUAAGGACGAUCCACGAUCAGAAGAGAGAAAAGCAGAAAUAAUGGAUGCAUUUACGAUACUUGAGAGUUGUCAAGAAACCAGUACAAUGGCGAAACGAGGCCUGCAACAACUACGAGAUAUCCUACGAAGAGGAACAUCAUUUCCCCAAGAAUCUUUGACUCAAGUUCAGAUCCGCAGCGAUGAGUUAUGCGAUGUUUCAAACUCUGUAAAUUCCUCUAUGCAACAAAAUCAGGAUUUCCAAAUGCCAGAAACGUCGGCCAUGUUUCCUGGUCUUUAUGUCAGUGAUCCCUAUUCACGAGUGGAUUGGGAAAACGUUGAUUUCGAUACUAUCGAAAACAUCAAUUUUGAUGUUGAUCUGUCUGCUAAUGACUUUUCAACACUUUUCUAUAAUGGAAUGACUUCACAAGGGGGUUAA